AUGGAUCGGGGUUCGUUUUCAAACAGUCGACGAGCCCGACAUUUUGGAAGAACUUACCAGAGCGUCCAAUCGUCGCCAUCUUCAGCCGAUUUCUAUGGGUCACCUGGAUUUUACGGCGGAAGCCCGAUCCCAUUCAUGAGGAGUCCGUUGCCGCGUAUGACUCGUGAAACGUCGAUUUCUCCUGCUUUUUUUGACGAUGUCAAGUCGUCGUGCUUGCCGCUUCCAUUAGCCGGACUGAACCUCGACGAGAACAACAAUCACGUUAAACGACGAACAACACCGUCUUGUGAUGAUCGAAGCGAUUCGAUUUCGAAGUACAUGCAAGCCACACGACUCCUGAGUCUCCCAGCAUGGGCGUUGGACGAAAAUCACGAGAUUCGCAAUGAUUUGACGCUGAAAAGAGUAGUCCAUGAGGAUCUGAUUCUAUCGUUUUGCAUGGACAAAGCUGGUUGUCAUUUUCUUCAAAGCAACUACUUUGGCGGAAACACAAUGGACGCAGGGAUCCGGCGUCGGAUCAACCGCGAAGUUCUUGGAAGCAAGGACAUCUUCUUGACUAUUUGCAAAAGUGGCUUCGGGAACUUCUUCAUGCAAUGUGUCAUUGAGCACUCUAACCACACGGAACAAGAGAUCAUCAAGAAGUAUAUCAUCAGCGAUAUAAAAGCUUUAUGUCUCGACAAAAGCGCGUGCCGCGUUGUGCAGACUGCGCUUGAGAAACUUCAUUGCGGAGACGCUAUCGUCGCUGCCAUCGCAUCCAAAAACUGGCUCAUGGCCAUCUGCACGGACCGCAACGCCAAUCACAUCAUGCAGAAGAUCAUCAAGAAGUUCUCGCCGUCGCGGUGGGAAUUUCUAGUUUCAUUCUUUAUAAAAAACGACCAGGAGAACAUUUUGUACAUCUGUCGAGACAAGUACGGAUGUCGAGUGGUGCAGACAAUUGUGGAGGUUCUCUCGAUUGAGACAGAUAAUCAAAUAGAAGCAAACGAGAAAGCUCGCGUUCUUCGACGCCUGAUGAGCAAAAUCCUGACCAAAUGUCCCACUUUGGCUCACAACGAAUUCGCCAACUACAUCAUCCAGCAUAUCAUCGAAACACCAGGCAUUCUGAGCAAGUAUCGAGACACAAUUAUCGAGACUUGUCUUCUUCGUAACCUUCUCUCGAUGUCACAGGAAAAAUAUGCCUCUCAUGUGAUCGAGAGAGCUUUUGUCUAUGCUCCGCUUUCUCUUAUAGCCGAGAUGAUGGAUGAAAUUUUCGAUGGAUACAUCCCUCAUCCAGAGACUGGAAAGGAUGCUCUGGACAUUUUGUUGUUCCAUCAGUUCGGCAAUUAUGUCGUUCAACGUAUGCUCAAAACCUGCAUCGACGCUGUCACCGGUCAACGUGAUACAUUGGACGAAGUAAAUUAUUCAAAAAGGUUUGAGAAUUGGUUCAACAAGCUCUACGUGAGAGUCAGAAGAGAGAAAGCGCGAUUGAUGAGAUUCUCUUCUGGGAAGAAAAUGUUGGAAAUUCUCCAAGGGAUGGAAAACUCCUACCACUUUCCAUACGGAGACUCUCCGUCAGCAUCCACCAAUGGAGAUCGAUUGUCCUUUGGAUCAUAUUACGAGUUUGACUUCAAAGAUAGCAACUUUCCGAUGAGCCACGAAGAGUUGACGUACACAACUCUAGAAAAGUCUCCGUUAUGCACCACAAAUCAAUACAAUCUGAACCCGGAUACUCCGUCAAUGGAUGAACCGACACCGGCUGCUCAGGACAAUACCGUCUACGGGGAUCCCCAUCAGAGCUACUCAAACAUUGCCUACAACCAACAGUUCAUCAACUCCAAAGAAAACACAGUGUCCCCAGCGGUGCCUCAUGCGGACCAUAUCCAUAUGUCGGCUUGGUUAACAAAGUUCAACAAAAAAAUGAGGUCUGUAUGUGGAGACAAAGCCAGUGGGAUUCAUUAUGGAGUGAUGUUGUGUGAAGGUUGUAAGGCAUUUCGAAUAAAAAGCUGUCAAACUGAUUACGCAUGUAGAAGAGUGAAAUCUUGUGAAAUAAGUCGUGAGAACUGUAUAUGCAAGUAUUGUCGAUACCAAAAAUGUCUCCAGGUUGGAAUGACAAAAGUUACUGUUCAUGUGUCACGAAGACAAAAACAUGUUGCAUCAAAAAAACUACUGCCCGCGGCGGAUCUCGAAUUUCUUGAAAAAGCCAAUGAAAUCGUUGUUCUCCACAUGGAAACUUGCAACUAUACGACUAAAAAAGUGAAGAAACUGGUUAAAAAGCAACUCGGAUUGGCAUUCGGUACAGACGACAGGUUGAAUCGACUCAGCGCUUGA